AUGGACAACGGAGCGACGCCGCAGGUGAGCGUGGUGACUUCCGAGAGGGAGGCCUCCUCAGCAACCUCCCUGCAGUCAACUGACGUUCCGUAUCAGGAAAGGCGGGCGUUCUGCACGUGGCGCAAGCAUGUGCGCGACUUGUACCAGCACCUCGUCCACGUUGAUCUUGUCUGGGAAAGCCCCUCCGCGCGGCUGAUGCCGUACAUGACCGCGAAAAUGGACUUGGCUACUCAGACUGUUUUGUGCUGCACCCGAACGGGUGGCGCGGAGCAGGCAUACAUUCAGUUCCUCUCCGUAACCACCCCGAACACAGCGGUGUCGCUGGAUCGUACGUAUGAGACUUACAACGACGCGACGGGCGAGGUUGGCGGCUACGGGAUGGCGCCGAGUCAAGUGGGCGUGCAGGUGGAGCGGCGCAUGCUACAUGACGGGGAUCCCUUGGUGGCGCGUUACAUGCACGCUAACCCCCUCAUCAUCGCGUCCGGUUCUAGUGACGGCAACGCGUACAUCUUUGACUGGUCCCGCAUAUCGCUGAACAAGUUUCCCAAUGACCCGCCCCGCCCCCGCGCUCCACUGCCGCCCAAUGAACUCAGUGCCAAUCCCACAGAUGAGGAACGCAUGGCGUACCACAAGCGCAUGCGGGCCUUGAAUGCGGUGGUGGCAGAACAAGAUCGAUGGGACAAGCGCAGAGGGGAAGGGCAACAUGUACUUAAACUUUCUGGUGGAAAUGGUCCGUGUGAGGCGCUUGACUGGGGCGUCACCACCGAUGGGACACUGCUGUCUGGUUCAACUGGACACGUGUGCUGCUGGCACGUGGGAAACACAUCAAAGGAUGACGCCCGCACGCUCGCGCCGUCGCACACGUAUAAGCUAGAGGACACUGAGGCUCGGGUUAGUGAAGUUGUCUUUUCUUGGACGGAGCCCCACGUAUUUGCGGUUUCGUGUGACUCAGGUCCCGUCUUCUACGGCGAUGUAAGGACACCGGACUUGCUGGAGCUGUUUUCACUGCCAUGUGGGGUCACGGCGCUUUCCCUGUCUCCACUCGACGGUACCUCCCUGUUGCUUGGCUCAGGGAAUGGCGAGGUACUUUACUACGAUCUUCGCAAAAGCGCGGAUGCGGUGGCCAUUGGUCGUAUGCAUGAUGGGCCGGUGUCUGCGGUUCAGUGGUGUCCUCACUCGCGCCAUCUUUUCUGCAGCGGCGGCGGUGAUGGGAAGUGUUGCAUUUAUAACACGACGUCGAAUCGGUUGCUGUUUAAGCACGCGGGCCACACCGAAAAAGUGGUGGACCUCUCGUGGAAUUGGCAGGAAGGGUGUGAGGGUCAAUUGCUUUCGGUGGAUAGCAACAGCUUAAUGCUUUGGAGGCCGCGGGACAUGUUUUUUUUCGCGUGA